UGUGUGCUCUGCCAGCAGGGGAAAAUGUCAGCUUCACACCCACAGCCACACAGAUGAUUACUCACUGGCUGGCAGGUAUAUGGAGGUGAUAAGGGCUGAGAGUCAACGGUCCGACCUGAACCUUGCUCCCUGGGAGAGUUCCACCGCCUCAGGAGGAGUCCUGCAUGCUCACCUGCUGUUUCAGGAAAUGAAGCUUUGAUCCAUUCCACACAGCACAGCGGGAGCUCCCAUUGCAGAGAGCAACACUAGCAUGACUGUUUCCUGGAGAUCACGGCCUAAGCUCUUCCGCAUCUGUUUAUUACUGUGUGCAACCGGAGCAGUGUCAGGGCUGUUCCAGCUGCAGCCACUGAAAUCUAACGUGCUCCAAGGCUCCGACGCACGCUUUAAUGCCACUGUGCAAGGAAACUGGCAGUUCAUGACAUGGACGUUCCAAGAAAUUCUGGUUCUCUCCUUCUUUAGCAACGGUGACAUAACUUCAUCCAAAGAGCAGUUCUCUGCCAGAUUCUGCUCCGGUGGUGACACCAGCUGUGUGGAGUUCAGCAUCCAUAACGUUAGCCGCAAUGAGUCUGGGCCAGUCAUCUGCAUCGUGCUGGGGGGGAGGUCAGAGACAGCACAGCUGGAGGUACAAGAGCGCGGUACGGUCAACAUCAAGGGAGAAAACGUGACCGUGAUACAGGGCCAGCAGGUGGAGUUCCUGUGUGUAACAUCUGCUUGGUACCCCACACCUACUGUCAGCUGGACCUGGAAUGGUCAAGCUGUAAACAGCAGCCUGUACAACACCUCCAGCAUGGCUGAUGGGGAUACCUUCAACUCCACCAGUGUCCUGAAGUUUCAGGCAGAAAGCAACACCACAGUGGAGUGUCGGGCGACUGUGCAGGCACUAACAAACCCUGAAUCCAGCUCGGUGUUCUUAGUGGUUGUUCCCAAGCCUCCUGACUGGACUGUGCUGAUAGCUGUGGUCCUGUCCUUUGGAGGUUCUGCUCUGCUGGCUCUGCUCAUCAUUGGAAUCAUCUUCUGCUACAAACGCAGGAAAGAAAAACAAACCAACUACCAAGAUGAAAUGAGCAAAAGGGUGAGGACACAGAGCCAGCUAAGUGUUGUCAACGCAGCAGGACAGGGGGUAUAUGAGAACACUGGAUAUGUGUCAGAGGAUCAAACAAGUGUCGCUCCUAGUGAACACACUGACAGUGGCUUUUGGCAGCCAAUUGGCUCCAAUGUUAAUGAGGUGCCUGUGUACAGUAUUCAUGUAGCAAAUGACUACGAUAACACUGUGGACCAAUCAGGCUUCAGGAAACACAGACAUGUCACCAUUGUGUAAGGACAGACAGAGGACCAAGAAGUCUGCAAAAGUUUAGGAGUUUUUGGAAUGAACUUGCACAGCACCUCAAAGCCUUCUAAACACUGGAGAAAGUUGUGAGGAAGGACUGAAUCUGCCCAAACCAAAGACUGAUGUACUGCAGUAAUGUCCAGGAUGUUAGCAGAGGAGACAUGGUUUUCCUUCACUGCCUGUAUAAAGCUGUAUUUGCAGAACAUAAACUUUAGAAAUCAUAGGAAAUAUAUUAGAAAACCCAUUUAGAUUGCAAAAUCCUCCUCAGUGCAACAGGAAAUACGUAUCUGCUAUAUCAUCACAGAGAAAGUGAGCACAAUUAGGAUUUAAAUGAUGAUUGAAGCUGUACCAGCACAACCUGUUCUGGUUGUUCUCAUAUUUGAUUAACAGGACAGAGGCUAUAUUUUUGUUCAAUGGUUAUGGCAGCUUAUACUAAGCCAUAUAUUUUUUUUAUUGGCGGUGUUAAUUCAAAUGAAAUAUUCAAAAGGGACCAUUUUAAACCUCCUUUGUUCUCCCACUUCUGUGAAUGUCCUAAAAUGUAAUCUUCCUUAAAGACACUUUUUUUAGGAUGUGAUAAAACAAUGAAUUAACCAGUAAAUCCUUUAACAUACAGUAAUAUACUAUACAAAGUCACCAUGAAGUGCAUUUUUUUUUUAUAUGUAUAAAUUGUUAGCCCGUCAGCAAUGUUUUGUUUGUAAUUUAUUCUUUCUGUGCGAUAUGUCUGCGCACACAUGUAUACAUGUUGAAAAUAUAGGCCAUUUAACUUUUACUUUUACCAACACUUUAGCAAAUUUUUGUCACCUAUAAACUGUCUGAAUGGAAAUAUAACGUAUGGUAUUUCCUUGUCAUCAUC